UAGAUCCAAACUUAAGUCUAGGUGGUUGUGUGCGCUUUUUUUUUUUUUUAUCUAUCAAGCAUAGAAAAUAUGCUAAAUUAAACUCUGGAAAAAUACUGAACGGAGAACCAGACCUUAAUAACUUAGCCUUGGUCAGUUUUUCUAAGUUUUUAAAGGAUCUUAGCUUAUAUUAGCAUAGCAUCGGCUAACAGCUGCUUGUGAGUGUUCGCUGUUAGCCUGUAGCUGACCAACUUAUCAAGAAUCAUACCUCCCUUGAAACUGACAGUCCGAUCAGGUGGGAAGAGUGGAAAGCUGCCUAUAAAGCCAAAUGUAGUGAGGUGAGACAUCAGUUAAUUGAACUGCGGACAAUGGAACAGGACAACUCAGAGGAUGACGUUGGCCCUCCAGAAGAUGACACACAACCUUCAUUUCCUCAUGGACUCUCGGACUCUGAGGCAGUGGAAGUAUUGUGGCAGGUUCGAGCCCAGCGACGGCAAGCAGAGCCUGAUCUGCCGGACACUGUGACAUGUCUCACUACACCAGAGGGCUGUAUUGUCUACCUGGUUGGCACUGCCCACUUCAGCGACAGCAGCAAGAAGGACGUUGCCACUACAAUUCGAGCGGUCCAGCCAGAUGUGGUGGUGGUGGAGCUAUGUCAAUAUAGAGUGUCAAUGCUCAAGAUGGAUGAGAAAACGCUGCUAAAGGAGGCUAAAGACAUUAACUUCGAAAAGGUCCAACAGGCCAUUAAACAGAACGGAGUGAUGUCUGGCCUCAUGCAGAUACUGCUGCUCAAAGUCUCUGCUCACAUUACAGAACAGCUGGGCAUGGCCCCCGGAGGAGAGUUUAGAGAAGCCUUUAAGGAGGCAGGAAAAGUGCCCUUCUGUAAAUUUCACCUUGGGGAUCGGCCCAUCCCAGUGACAUUUAAACGUGCAAUCGCUGCUCUGAGUCUGUGGCAGAAGGCUCGACUGGCCUGGGGCCUGUGCUUUCUAUCUGACCCCAUCAGUAAAGAGGAUGUAGAGAAGUGUAAACAAAAGGAUCUUCUGGAGCAGACCAUGUCAGAGAUGAUCGGCGAGUUUCCAGCCCUCCACCGCACUAUUGUUGCAGAACGAGACAUCUACCUCACACAUACACUUAGACAGGCAGCACGCUGCGUGGAAGCACCUACUAAUGCUGAGAAAGUGCCUGCUGUAGUGGUUGGAGUGGUUGGGAUGGGUCAUGUCCCUGGCAUUGAGAGGAACUGGGACAAAGAGCUCAAUAUUCAUGAGAUCAUGAGUGUUGCUCCUCCAUCUCGGUUUGGCUGGGUAUUGCGCAGCGCAUUCAAGGGAGGAAUGUGGGGGCUUCUUGGCUAUGCCUGUUUUCGUGCCAGCAAGCGGGUGGGCAGGGCAUUACUCUCCCUACCCUCUGUCCAAUCAUUGCUUGAAAAUAUGCGAACGCCUGCCGUUUGACCCUAUGCUUAUCGACACAGACAUUUCUCCAGUAAGAUCAGGAUGUCACUCUGAACACCCAUAGCCUUAACUACAGGAUAGAGGUGGAGGAUAAAUGGAAGAUUAGAGGCUGACAUAGCCUGCAUCCCAUGUGAAUUGAACUUCAUUUUAUGGGUGGAAGCCUUUGACUGGCUCUCUGUCACCUCAUUGACCCACUGUCCAUCUGCUGUGUGUACCUGUGGAUGCAGAGUUGUACUGCCCAAGAAAUCAGACUGUGCUUUUUUUUUUUCCCCUUUUCACUUUUUCUCAUUCUUAAAGUACGACUCUCUAGGUUGUUAGUUGUUUAAAUUUUUUUAUUUAGUCAUUUAGCAGAUACUUUUAUCCAAAGCAACUUACAAAUUAGACAUAUAGCAAGCAAUUUGUCAUACAAAGUUCAACAUCUGCAGUAUAGAGUAGUAAAGAUGCUAGCACAGAAGAAAGAGACAGACAAUAAUUUUUUUCAACCACAUGACCUGGAAAGGGCUUAAAGUUAUAGAGACUGGUCAGACUGAUGUGUGCUCUCUUUACCUUUAGUCCUAAUAAAUGGGUAAUAGUAAAUCUGGCGUUCUCUGUUUUAUGUAUGUCACGUCUCUGCUUCAUAAUUGGUAAUGGUAACACAACCAAUCUUGCUAAUAACUGAUCUGUCCUUUUUAAGAACCAGUGAAUUAUACAAGUAAUUAGGCAUGUUUCUUUAUAGGUUUAUGCAAAGUUUUGUCACAAAAUGGGGGAAUUGCAUGAUUUGCUUUUAAACAUAAUUGCAAAAGCAAUAAGUUCUGGUUAGUUCCAAUUUAAAUAGCUUUUUAUUAUUAUAGCUUUUUCAUUUAGGAGUUCAUGGAAGCAGUUUAAAUUCACAAAAUUGGUGAAGAAGUAAAUAUUAUUUGCUGAUAACUGUGCAAUUUAACUUUUUCUCUAUUAUUAAUCAUCAGGCUACAAUUAUCUCAAGCUGUUAGUCCUAAAUGGCAAAUCAGACAAUCAAAUACAACUUGAAACUAUGCUGUUGUGAGUAUAGAGAAUAUCACUCAGUAGAUCUCUUAGUAAGAAAAGCCAUCACUAGCAUGGACCAUCAGGGCACAAUUCUGGAAUCAUGCUUUACAUACAUAGUGGGAAGGUGGGGAUAUUUUUGUUUGUCUGCUCAAAUCCAUACAAUGCUGCCUUUACCUGUACAUCACAGUUUGACUUGUUUUUCCAUAUGUAGCUUUUUGUGUGUGAUAGGAUUCGACUGAAAAUAAAAUUCAUAGGGCACAUGGACAUUCUAAGCACAAUACUAACACUUGUGUGACUAUAAAACUGUGGGGGGAAUGAGUAAUGCCAAAAGUUGCCUUUCUUUUUUCUUUUACAUUUUUACAUGGUCCUAAAUGGAAACUGAUCCCCGUUUUGAAACAUGGAGAGAUUCAGUGUGUUUUUUAACCAUUAUCCGUGUUUAUGGCUUAUUGUGAUCAUCUCUCAGUUUAAGCUAUCUGUAAACUGAUUAUGAUGGUUUGAAAUGUACAAUAGUAUUCUGUGGUAUUGGUCAGUCAGUGCCCUUGUGCAUAAUAAUGCCACCAGUAGAGCAACUCUCCCUGCAUUUAAUUUACUUUAUUUUGGAUUAGAUUGUAUUUUGUGAAAUGACUAAUUGACUCCAUUGUUCCCCUAAGAUUGGGCUCAAAAUGCUGUGGUCUUCCUGUAAACUAAAAAAGAAACUGUGUAUUUCUAUUGUCUUGUCUUCCUGUAAACUUCAUGCUAUUCUACUACUAUUGAUCAGACAGAUUCAAUGCACUUCUGAUUAAAUGAGAAAGGGCAUGGGCAAUAAAUACUUGAUACACCAUUAAUGUACAUCCCUAAACCUUUCUGCUACAAAUGACAUUUUUAUCUAACCAUUGUUAACCGUAUGUAAAGGGGAAUAAAAUGAUGAUUAU